AUGCGAAGUGUCGUUUUUAUGGAGAUUCAGCCCGACUGUGGAGGUAUGGACGAGAGCGUAGGCAGUGACACCAAGAGCGUGGAAAAGCAGGAGAAGAUGAAACGGUCCUUAUUAAAAGAUUGGAAGACACGAUUGAGUUCCUUCUUGCAAAAUUCUUCCACUCCUGGGAAGCCCAAAACCAGCAAGAAAAGCAAACAGCAAACUUUCAGCAAGCCUUCCCCAGAGGAAGCACUGCUGUGGUCAGAAGGAUUCGAGGAGCUGCUGGCCAGCAAAUAUGGUGUGGCUGUUUUUAGGGCCUUUUUAAAAUCUCAAUUCUGUGAAGAAAAUAUAGACUUCUGGCUGGCUUGUGAAGACUUCAAAAAAAUCAAAUCAUCCCAGAAGCUGUCCUCAAAAGCAAAGGAAAUAUAUAUAGAAUUCAUAGAAAAAGAUGCCCCAAAAGAGGUAAACAUAGACUUCCAAACCAAAAUCCUUAUUGUCCAAAAUAUACAAAAUGCUACAACUGAUCAUCUAUUAUUUUUCACUUUAUGUUUCUGUGUGGGAGCAAACUGUUGAAAUACUUACUUAAGGUAUACUAAGCUGAUCUUCUGUAUAUUAAGAUAAUCGAAAAUGAAUCUUGAUGUGAAUGGAAGGGGAGAGGGAGUGGGAAAGGGGAGGGUUGUGGGUGGGAGGGACGGUAUGGGGGGGAAGCCAUUGUAACACAUGAGUCGUACUUUGGAAAUUUAUAUUCAUUAAAUAAAAGAUUAAAAAAAAAA